AGGCUGGAAGCCGCGUGACCUGCCGGGGCCGGAGCGGGGGCGGACGGCGUCCUUCUGGUUCUUUCUACCUCGAGCAGCUGCGCCGGGGUAGACGGAGCCAGAGACUGGGGAGCGGCUGCAUCCCAGCGGCCUCUCCUUGUCCUGGCUGGGCGGUCGGAGGCUGGGCUGCCAAGUAAAUCCCGGCCGCGCAGGGACGGAGGGCCUUUUGCGGCUGAUCCCGGGACACGUGAUUACGGUUCGGGGACCGCUGCAGCCCCGCGUCCACCUGAUAGACUCUACUACGCGUAAUAGGGUCAGAGCCGCUAAAUGUCCAAGACCAUGGCGAUGAACCUUCUGGAGGAUUGGUGCAGGGGAAUGGAAGUGGAUAUCCACAGGUCCUUAUUGGUCACAGGCAUCCCAGAGGACUGUGGCCAAGCAGAAAUUGAGGAGACCUUGAAUGCGGUCCUCUCCCCACUGGGCCCGUACCGCGUGCUCAACAAGAUUUUUAUGAGGGAAGAGAAUGUUAAAGCUGCCCUCAUUGAGGUUGGUGAAGGUGUGAAUCUGAGCACCAUCCCCCGUGAAUUCCCAGGAAGGGGUGGUGUCUGGAGAGUGGUGUGUAGAGACCCCACCCAGGAUGCUGAGUUUUUAAAAAAUCUGAAUGAAUUCCUGGAUGCGGAGGGGCGCACCUGGGAGGAUGUGGUCCGCCUGCUUCAGCUCAACCACCCCACACUGUCCCAGAACCAGCAUCAGCCCCCAGAGAACUGGGCAGAAGCUUUGGGGGUGCUCCUGGGAGCAGUGGUGCAGAUCAUUUUCUACAUGGAUGCCGAGAUCCGAAGCCGGGAGGAAACCAGGGCCCAGGAGGCCUCUGAGUUCGAGGAGAUGGCAGCCUGGGGUUUAGCAGGAGGGAGGAAGAUCAAGAAGGAACCGGGGCUUGCAGCAGAGGUGGGUUCUGCUUUAAAGACGGAGAACCCCAACUGGAAUGCCGCGGAAGACCAGCAUGACCCUCCCAAACCGUUGGUUCGCAAGGCCGGAGCCAAGACUCGCUCCAGGAGAAAGAAGCAGAAGAAGAACCCCAAGCAGGAAGCAGUGCCCUGGAAAAAACCCAAAGGCAAUGAUUCCAGCAGCACAGCUGACUUGGAGGAUCCUGAGGCGGGUGAUGCUGAAGGCAUGGCGGUUUCAGAGUCGAUCAAGGGCAGCAGGAAGCCCUGUAUGAAGCAGGAGGAGUUCACUUUGAAGAAGCUUGGGGCGAAAGGUGCCUGGAAGGGUCCCAGAGACCCUCCUCAGGAUGUCCAGGCAGAAGCUGAGAAUCCAGAAGGCGCCUCUGAGUCAGACCAAGAUGGUGGCCACCAGAGUCCACCAAAGAAGAAGGCCAUGGCCUGGGUUUCCACCAAGAACCCUGCCCUCAUGAGGAAGAAGAAGAAGGUGAGCUUGGGCCCUGUCUCUUAUGUCCUGGUUGACUCAGAAGAUGCCAGGAAGAAGCCGGUGAUGCCAAAGAAAGGGCCGGGCUCAAGAAAGGAGGUGUCAGUUCAGAAGGCGCCUCGAGGCCAGCAACCUGCUGAGCCAGCAGCCUCAACCUCUAAGGGUCCAAAGGCCAAGCCAGAAGGCUCUCCUCGGCGUGCCACCAAUGAAUCCAGAAAUAAGUUGGAGGACCACCCAUACCUGAGGAGUUGAAAGAACAAGGAAGAAGUUCCAAGUCAGCAAAAUUUCCUCUUGUCACCGAAUGAAAUAAGACUUUGGACUGUCUGUCUUAGGGACCCUGUUGAUAGCGAUCCAGCUCCGAGGUAAACGAUAGGUGAGGUCUCGGGUGGGAGGGAGUUGGGGAAGGGAUGGAUCUCUAUGCCCUUUUCUCUGCCAGGCCUGCUCUUUCACUGCCCCCUCCACUCAUCUUCAGAGGCAGGAGAGUUGGUAAGAGGAUUGGGAAAAUUCUAGAACAUUCAUCCCCCUUUAUGCAUGAGCAGGUCGCUGUUAACACUCAUCCACGUUCAGUCUUUCUCCCCCACGCCUCGUAUCCCUCCCGGGAUGGUCAGCGAUCUCUGCAGGCCCUGGCGUUUGGAAGAGCUGGGUGGCCCCGCCAUAUUCUCCCUUCCAGCCUUUCUCUCCUGUAACCAGUGGGGUAAGUUAAGCCAGGACCUUCACUGCAAACCUGGCUUCAUUGCUCUUUCGGUCUCCAACCUCCAGUUACCUAGCCAGGAGGUCCCCGGAGUUAGUUUUAGGGGAAAAGAAUGUCUGCUUAGAUCUCGAAGUCCUUGAAUUUUAGCGUCUGUUAGUAAAAAUGGUACUUUGAUUCCCAUUUGGGAUGAGCCCUCUCAGGAAUCCUGUGGGGAAGGGAGUGAUGGUAGGGAAGGACUCAGGCAAUCCUAGGUCCCCAGCUCAAAUUUCAUCCAUCCAACAAACUCACCAUCUUUGCACCAAACUGUCAGGAUCUUUGCAGCAGAAGGCCACUACUCCCAUUAUAGUAAAAGGGAAAAAAAAUCUUUUAAAAUUCAGCUGUCGAUGUCUGCCCUCUGAAUUUAGACACAAUAUAUUAGACCAGACCACCACGUGCCAUUGUGUGUGUGUGUUUGUGCGCAUAUGUAUAGGAGAGGGCAGGGUCCCUGACACAGUGGUUUCCAAACUGUAUCCUAGGUGUCCACCAAGAUGUACUCCGAAUCUGUUUUUUUUUUUAUGUGUUUAAAAAACUGUGAAAAGUGACUACUCAGAUAUGUUGGAAACCAAACGAGUUCCAUUGAAGACUAUCAGACUAUUUAUCUUGUGUUCAUAGGUUAACCUGGUUUUGUACACGUCUUGAGUUAGCUGCUUCUGGCAUCUCUUUGCUUAAAAUUGAGCUGCUUGUAAAUGUGACUGAUGAGAGAGGUUAGAAGGGGAAGAAAUUCAGUCCUGUGCAUGUCCUAUUAUCUGACGCGCUGAAAGCAAGUUUCCUUUUGUAAUUUACACGCUCUCAUUCUGCCGUGACUUUAGUUGUAUGGUAGCGAGUAAAUGUAUUAACAUCGUGAACAGUAAUAAUAUUCUGUCAUAGAGUAUUAGCCCUUGUACAUAUCCAGGGUCUCUUUUUCCGACUUCAGUUUUUGUGGUGAUGUGAACAGUUGUUAUAUGUUCCCAGUGAUUCAGCUUUAAAACAAAUUCCUUAUGAUGAUUCAUUUCAAAAUCCUGAGGGAGUGUAAUUGAAAAGUACAGGAGAAAAGAGAGUGGUUUCUGUUGACAGCUACGCAGCUGUGUGCAUCAAGCUUCUCCUGGGGUGUGUGCAAAACAAAACCCAGGGGUGAAUUGGAUUCUUGAAAUGACCAAAGCCUGCAACUGUCCAGCUUCCGAUUUCAAAACGGGUUCAUUAGGGCUUCAUCGUCUUAACAAGUCGACACCAUGACUUGUAAUGUAAACGUGUAUGUAUAAAAUAAAGCUUAGCAAAU